GAUAAAUGCCUGAGGAAAAUCUCCAGCGGGCUUUAUACAUUUCAGACGUACCUCGAAUACGUCCAAGAAACUUUUACUAGCGAAAAGCAAAACAUGGAAUCGCUGUACUAUAGUACACAGCACCUGGCACAUACCUUAAGACAGAUGGUGAUAAACCCCGAUGAAGUGAUCAUCCCAGACUCAGCAACCCAGCGAUCCCUCCGCGCAAAGCUGAAGUCCGAUAAGACCUGGAUAGAGAAAAUCACCACCCACCUCAUCCUCCGAGACUUUACUUCGUUUAUGGAGAAAACCGUGAGGGCUGUUCGCUAUUUGAAAAAUAACAGGAGUUUCAGUGUCUGA